AUGUGCUGGCAACCAGUGCUGCCCCGCACGCCUGGGCAGCACGGGGGGGACAAGACUUUCCCGUGCCCGAGCGCGGAUGCCGGCUGGGACGGCUGCGAGACCGGCGUCGCAGCUCUCGUGCAAGCUGAUACGGUGACGUGCCCAGGGAGCAACACCUCAUGUGCCGGCAACCAGUGCUGUCCCCGCACGGCUGGGCAGCACGGGGGGGACAAGACUUUCCCUUGCCCGAGCGCAGACGAUGGCUGGGACGGCUGCGAGACCGGCCUCGCAGCUCUCGUGCAAGCUGAUACGGUGACGUGCCCAGGGAGCAACACCUCAUGUGCCGGCAACCAGUGCUGCCCCCGCACGCCCGGGCAGCACGGGGGGGACAAGACUUUCCCGCGCCCGAGCGCAGACGAUGGCUGGGACGGCUGUGAGACCGGCGUCGCAGCUCUCAUGUGA